UAUUAUUUUUUUUGUACUCUCACACCUGGUUGAAUUGGAGUAAUUGAGUUAUAAAAAAAAGUAUAAUUUUUUCAUUUAAUUUAUCAACUAAAUGUAAAUAAUAAAUUAUUAAAAUGAGUAGUCGAUCAAGUAAUCCAGGAAAAUCAAUAAUUAGUAAAAGUGAUUCACAAAAUAUUGAAAAAAGAUUGAAAAUAAAUUCAUCAACUCCCGCCAAUAACAAACAGAUAAAAGAAUCACCUGUUGCUCGUUUUAAAACUGGUGGUACAACAAUUGAGGUUACAGUUAAAACACAAGAUCAUAUUGAAUCACCAAAAAUGUUAAAUAGUAAAAAAAUUAACGAUAAAAAAGAUUCAAUAAAUUUACACAAUAAUAACACAAAUUGGAAUCAAAUAUUUUCAGAACAAACAAGAAAUACAUUAAGAGGUAUACAUCAAAAUCCACAAACAUCAAGAAGUCAAUCAUCAAAAACAUCAAGAUUAUGUACAUCAACACAAGCAACAGAUGCAAAAAAACAAUUUGACAAAAGUACAUCACAUAAAUCUUAUCAUCCUCGAAUUGAUAAACUUAUUGAUACAAUACCACAAAAGCUACCAGCAUCAUCAUCAUCAUCAGCAUCAUCAAAUUAUUCAGCAAUAAAAGUAAUUGAUAGCUCACAGCCAAUAACUGUAUUUGACAAAGGUAUACAAUGUGGUGGUAUAUUUGAUUAUUCAUCUGGUAAUUUAAGUAUUUUCAAUCCAGUAAGAACACUUGGUUUUUUAAUGAAAGAAUUAGAACUUUAUGUACAUGAUGAUAAAGCAAAUAAAAUUUUAACUGAAAUGGAACAAGCUCUUCUAAGAAUACCAACUGAACCAGGUAAAAUAACACCAGAGGAUCUAGAAGCAAUAACAAUGAGAAAUAAUUUAGAAAUAAUAACAACAAAGCUAGCUGAAAAAAGUAAACAAAUGGAAAAAAUGUAUGAAGCACUUGUUAAAGAUAAAGAAAGACUUGUUCAACAAACACGUGAACAAUCAUAUCUUCUUGAUCAAGCAAAUAGACGUGAAAAUGAACUUGAAUAUUUAAUUAAAAAACUUAAAUGUGAUUUAAAUGAUGCAAAUAAUAUUAUUAAAAAUGAACAAAAUAAUAAAAAAAAAAUUAAUGAUCUUCAAGAUGUUAUUAAAAAAAUGGAAUUAAUACAAAAUCAAUUAAAAAAUGAUUUACAUGAACAAAAUGAAAAUUCACAACAAGCAUAUUUUGAUGUACAAUAUCUUAAAUUAGAAAAAGAAAAACUUUCAGCAAUGUCAUCAUUUAAAGAUUCACAACUUAUUGAUCAUCGUAAAGCCAUCAAAAGUUUACAAAAUCUUAUUCACAAUCAGCUGUUAACAUUAUCAAAAGAAAGUUCACUUGAUGAUAAAUUUGACAGUAAUCAUGAUGCUUCAACAGUAAUACGUGGUCAAGGUUUAGCAUCAUCAUCACAUGUAUCACCAGAAAAUUCAGUACCACCAGUAACAUGGCGUGAAGGUUCACAGCUAUCAAUUUCAAGUGUUAAUUCAAAAUUGGAUAAUAAAAAUGACGAUGAUCAUGCAGAUAUAAAUGAACUGACAUUAAAACCAGUACCAUUAAAAGACGAAUCAGUACAAACACUUGAAAAUUUAUUAAAUGAAUCUGGUGGUGAACGGUUUAAAGAAAAAACUCAUUUAGAAUUUACAAGUUUUGCUGGUGAAGAAAUAUCACAUUCAACUUCAGCUUUUAUACGUAAUCAUGAUGAUACAGUUUAUAAAAAUUUAGAUGACAUUGAUAAAAGUAAUAAACGAAACAGUAUUAAUUAUAAUAUUGAUAAAAUUUUGUCAAAUAUACAAACGACACUUGAUGAAAAAAAAAUGAAACAUAAAAAAAAAUCACCAAAAAAACCAACGACAAAUUAUCGACGUUUAGAUAAUGAAAAAAUAUUUAUUGAUAAUUAUGAUGAUGAAAAACCACGUAAAGACGUACAAACAAUAUUUGAAAAUGCAAGAAUUAAUAAUAAAUUUAAUGUUAGAGUUCCAAGUCCAUUACGACAAUAUCCAGAUCCAAAUUGGACUGAUAGCUCUUUGCCAACAAUGAGUAUAGCUGAAUCAAAUAUUGUUUAAAAAAAAAAUAAAUUUAAUUAACAAUUAUCAAUAAAUUAAUAGUA